CGGUACAGACAUCAACAUCCUGAAACCUAGGCCUGUAGCGCCCUAGCCACUUUGCGAAGACAUACACCAAUUCUCAUCUUACGAACGAAAUGGCAUCCAGCGGUUUCCUGCGCAUCGCGUCCAUGUCCCUAGUCAUGGGAGCAGCAUCCUUUGGGGCAGGCCUCAUACCGCUGUCGUCGUCAUUGUCUAAAAGUCACCUGGCGAAGUUGUCUAUUCUGAGCACUGGGUUACUCAUCGGUGCUGCGCUUGGCAUUAUUAUUCCCGAAGGAGUAACAAGCACGAUCGCUGGCGACCCUGAACCAGAAUCGUACUCUUACAAGAUCGCGUCAUGCAUACUUUUGGGGUUUGCAUUCAUGUUCCUGGUGGAGGAGUACAUUUCCCCACAUGCUCGACCUCUUAUGCCUUUGGAUACUCGCCACGAAGUAGAAGAUGUCCACUUUGAUGUCGCGCUUGAGGAGCUUGAGCGCGAGGAGGGUAUGACACUGCCUGGUUCACACGCGUCUACUUGGCAAAUGUUACGACACGCACCUUCCUCGAGCUUACAACGCGCAUACCCACUGUCAUUAGGACUUUCAGUACAUGCUUUAGUCGAUGGAUACGCGCUAGGCGUAUCGUCCCUUGAGACGCGAUCAGGUGCUCUAUCUUUUGUUGUAUUCUUGGCUAUCAUAAUACACAAGGCACCCACGGCCUUGGCUCUGACAUCUUCUCUCAUGGCAACAUCCCUCCCUCCGUCAGAGUGCAAGAGACACUUGCUCCUUUUCAGUCUCGCUACGCCAGUCAGCGCCAUGCUUUCUUAUGUAUUGUAUACCCACACUGGUGAUGGAAACAACCUGUUGGUCGGGACGCCCUUACUAUUUAGCGGAGGUACCUUUCUCUAUGUAGCAACUGUAGUGAAGUCGCCAUCAGAACAUGCACCUUCAUCGGCUCAAGAAACCAUCAGUAAAACGUCGCGAACAUUUCUCCUGUUGCUGGGAAUGUUUUUCCCGUUUAUAAUUAGUGCAAUGCUGGGUCAUGGUCAUUAAUGCCGUUGCAGUUCUGAGAUAAAUUUAAAGAAUACACGUUAAAUGGACAUUGGGACUAGAUGCCGCCUAGACACGGAAUUUAUAGGGUUUACUUACAUCCCAAGUUGAUCCCAGGCCUCAGGGUAGAAAGCUGUCAACAUGUGUGCUUGGAUUGUCUGAUCAGCCAAUUCCAUUGUUUACUUCUCUCCCCC